UAUAUAUCUCCCGGUUUAUGGGUAGGUAGGUUGGUGUUGGUCGCAUACCUUUUAUGAAGGGUUGGCAACUUUAACAGAAAACAAACCCAAUCUCCGGUCUCCAUUUUCUCUGAAUCUCCAUUCGUUGAAGCUGCUUUCUACCUUCCGUCGCUUCCAUAACACGAUCCGUUAACCCUUCUCUGUCUCUGCCUUUCACCACGUUUGCUUUGUUUGAGUUCAAGGUUUCGAGUAAAGCAAGAUGUUGCGUGCUAUAAGGCAUAAGGUAGGUACCAUUUCCUACUUUUGUCUGAUACGGUGCUUGGAAGCAUCUUACACACUUUUUGCUUUGCAGAGUAUCUGCCCUGCCUUCGGUGCAUUUAGAGCUUUCGCUUCUGCAGCUAAAGAGAUGACAGUGAGAGAGGCUCUGAACUCUGCUCUUGAUGAGGAAAUGUCUGCUGAUCCUAAAGUGUUCUUGAUGGGUGAAGAGGUCGGAGAAUACCAGGGUGCAUAUAAGAUUUCUAAGGGGCUGCUGGACAAGUAUGGCCCUGAGAGGGUUCUUGAUACUCCAAUUACUGAGGCUGGCUUUGCUGGGAUUGGAGUCGGUGCUGCUUACUAUGGUCUAAGGCCUGUUGUGGAGUUUAUGACUUUUAACUUCUCCAUGCAGGCAAUAGAUCACAUCAUUAAUUCUGCUGCAAAAUCAAACUACAUGUCUGCUGGGCAAAUAUCUGUACCUAUCGUCUUCAGAGGACCCAAUGGGGCUGCUGCUGGUGUUGGUGCUCAGCACUCUCAAUGUUAUGCAGCUUGGUAUGCCUCGUGCCCUGGGUUGAAGGUAUUGGCACCAUAUUCAUCUGAAGAUGCUCGUGGCUUGCUUAAAGCCGCUAUAAGGGACCCUGAUCCUGUUGUUUUUCUUGAAAAUGAGUUGUUAUAUGGUGAGUCAUUCCCUGUUUCAGCCGAAGUUCUUGAUUCCAGUUUUUGCCUUCCCAUUGGAAAAGCAAAGAUUGAGAGAGAAGGAAAAGAUGUUACUAUUACAGCCUAUUCAAAAAUGGUUGGCUAUGCUCUUAAGGCUGCGGAGAUACUGGCGAAGGAAGGAGUCAGUGCUGAGGUUAUAAAUUUGCGUUCAAUUCGGCCACUUGAUAGAACCACAAUUAAUGCUUCAGUCAGGAAAACCAACAGAUUGGUGACAGUUGAAGAAGGUUUUCCUCAGCAUGGUGUUGGCGCUGAAAUUUGCACAUCUGUAGUUGAGGAGAGUUUUGGUUAUCUCGAUGCACCGGUUGAGAGAAUUGCCGGGGCUGAUGUUCCUAUGCCUUAUGCUGCCAAUUUAGAGAGAAUGGCUGUCCCACAGGUUGAAGAUAUUGUUCGCGCUGCAAAGAGAGCAUGUCACAGAUCUGUGCCCUUGGCUGCAACAGCUUGAGUUUAUAAAGUACCAGAUAAUUUUAUUUUAUUUUGAUCUCCCGGUUAUGGUUAAUUCUUCGGUAAUCCUAGAUAUUACCAAAAACAUUUUUUGCUCCAUUUUUCACCAUAAAACAGCAGAAAGAAAUUGCAACCAGAGAAUGCUGGUUUCAGUAUGCGUAGUACUGCAGCCUAAAUUUUCGGGAGUUACAGAUGCUAUAUAUUUUCUGUAAAUUUCGUUUAUAACAAUGACACAAGGCGGAAAGUUUUCUGUGUCAUUUUGUAAUUGGCAAUAACAGAAGAAAUCAACUGCUCGAAUUAAUUUUCCUGA